UUUCAAGUUGAACCGCACCCAAUUGCAUAAGAGUGAAAGUCCUCAGUUUGUCCACGUUGGUGCGGAAACUCGCUCUUCUCGACGACAAAUCGGACUUGAAUCCCGUUUUUUGUCACGUGAUAAAUUGAAUGAACGAUGCUGAACAUCUGUACAUUGCUGAUUUUGGCUGUGGUAGUGAUUGGUGGAGCGUACGAUCCGAACGACGCGGAGGUGAGUUCGGUUCUGCCGCCGAAAGGGACGUUCGAAGCGUUUUAUCCGAGGGGCCAGGAGACGGGAUCAUCGAGGGCGGCUCAUUCGCACGGCAGCUUCUAUAAACAUCGCAAUCCUGCGCUGGUGGACGCGAAAAAUGCCGCCGCCUACGGUUUUCGAUUCGACGGAAAGAGGCGAUUCAAUUAUGAUUAAUUGCUUUUAUAAUCCAGCUCUGGAAAAUGUGAAUUCAAUAAAUUGUACAUAACUUUA